AUGGCCGUGAGCUGCUCACCUCGCCGAGCGCUCAUCGCGGCCGUGUCCCUCUGCCUCCUUCUCGGCGCCGCGACCAGCAUCCGCACCAGCACGACGUUUUCCCCUUCCCAGAACCUGGCGGAGGACAAGUCGCGGCUGGGGUCGACGCCGCCGAGCUGUCACAACCGGUGCAGCGCCUGCAACCCCUGCAUGCCCGUCCAGGUGACGACCGCGCCCGAGCUCGGCCGCGCGGCCCGCGUCACCGACGACACGGUGACGGUGGCCGGCUUCUCGCGCUACUCCAACUACAAGCCGCUGGGGUGGAAAUGCCGCUGCGACGGCCGCCUGUACGACCCCUAG